AAACCACUCUCUCUCUCUCUCUCUCUCUCUCUCUCUCUCUCUCUAACGCUAUCUUUUUUCUCUCUGUGUUCCCUUUACUACGUUGUUCUUUAAAUUUACAAGUCCCGCAGAAGUUGUUUUUAUUUCCUAGGGUUUUGUUGCCUUUGUUCUUCUGAUUAUUUUCGGGCGAUUUUAGGGUUUUGUCGCUGACACAAAAUAUGGAUGCAGGAAGAAUGAGAAACAAGGGGUCGCGGUUUCCUCUCUCCGAUCGGACUUUUCGGAGGAAAAAUUCUUCUGAGAAUUUGGACAGGUUUAUCCCUAAUCGGUCUGCGAUGGAUUUUGAUUUUGCGCAUUUCAUGCUGACUGGUGGGAGGGUAGAGAAGCAAAACUCAUCAUCACCCUGCUCUCCAUCCAAAGAAGCUUACAGGAGGCAGCUGGCAGAGAUUUUCAACAUGAACAGAACUAGAAUCCUUGCUUUUAAAAACAAGCCCCCUGCUUCAGAAGCCACUGUUUCAGAGUCAAUUUCAUCGGUUCCCCAUUCCAAACACGCCAAACAUAGAAGAUGCAUUCCCCAAGCUUCAGAAAAGACUCUUGAUGCCCCAGAUCUCAUGGAUGACUUCUAUUUAAAUUUGCUGGACUGGGGCAGCAGCAACAUCCUAGCCAUUGCCCUCAGCAAUUCGGUGUAUUUAUGGGAUGCCUCCGAUGGGUCUACGAAUGAACUUGUCACCGUUGAUGAGGAGAUUGGGCCUGUGACAAGCAUCAGAUGGGCACCAGAUGGAAGGCACCUCGCUGUUGGCUUGAAUAAUUCCCAUGUCCAGCUUUGGGACUCUUUGGCCAGUUGUAAGCUAAGAACGUUGACAGAGGGGCACAGAUCCAGAGUCGGUUCACUUGAUUGGAACAACCACAACUUAACAACUGGAGGAAUGGACAGCUUAAUCAUCAACAACGACGUAAGAGUCCGAUCCCAUAUCAUCACCACAUACAGGGCCCACACCCAGGAAAUAUGCGGCCUAAGAUGGUCCGCAACCGGCCAACAACUAGCCAGUGGUGGAAAUGACAACCUUGUAUACAUAUGGAACAUCUCAAAUUCUACCUCUGGAAACAGUUCAAGCAACCACCACCGGUGGCUUCACUGCCUAGACCACCACACCGCAGCUGUGAAGGCACUCUCCUGGUGCCCGUUUCAGAGUAACUUGCUGGCUUCAGGUGGUGGGGUUGGGGAUGACUGUAUUAAGUUUUGGAACGCGCACACUGGCGCGUGCUUGAACUCGGUUGACACGGGGUCGCAAGUGUGUUGCUUGGCUUGGAGUAAGCAUGAGAGGGAGAUUUUGAGCUCACAUGGGUUUAAUGAUAAUCAGCUGAUUUUGUGGAAGUACCCUUCUAUGGUGAAGAUUGCUGAGCUUUAUGGGCAUACUUCAAGAGUUCUGUACAUGGCUCAGAGCCCAGAUGGGUACACGGUUGCAUCGGCAGCAGCAGACGAGACAUUGAGAUUUUGGAAUGUGUUGGGACUCCUGAAUUGGCUAAAGCCAGAGCCCAAGUCGAAUCCAGAGCUAUUUGCAAACCUUGCCCGCAUCAGAUGAACGAGUUUUGUUGCUGAUAUUGGUGACUGAAAACAGCAAGGGAAUAUGCAAUGAAAUCCGCCAAUGGGAGCACUAGAGUUGUUCUGGUAGUGUUAUGCAGUACUUGAUUUGGUUUGACAUGUGAAAAAAAUUUGCAUAAAUUAGAAGAGAAAAGUAAAUGUAUAGAGUACUAGAAUUGUACAGUUACUUUAUUUACGUGCAAAAAUGUAGUAAGUACAAGUCAUCUAUAUAUUUCAAUGAAUUUUCUUCACCAA